AUGAAAGGCAGAAAAUAUGAAGCUGCGUCCACAUUGCUUGCGAUCAGGCCAAACGAACACGUGACACACGAAAAACAUGGCAAACAGUCGCAGCGAGAUGUUCGCGACGCUCGCGGUGCUCCACGUGCUUGCGAUCUCAUAAAAUGCUUGUUUCGACUGUUCGGCUCUGUCGCGGUACAUCAAAGAGACGCUUCGGACCCAUGCGAGCAUACCGUUAGAUUAGAUUUAUUACUGUCACUAGCGCCUCCUGCGCCUCAGCUAGAAAGCGAGAAACUAGUAGUGACAGGUGAGGUGGCAGAGGAAGCUGUCAAAGGCGAGGGUGCCAUACCAACAAGAUCUCAAAGUGCCGGUAGUCUUAUGAACUUGUCCACAACAGAAAGGAGAAUAUUGGAACUAAUCAAUGAAGAGUUUCCACUAAGUAAACCAAAAAGGAAACUGGAAUCUACCCUGAGUACCGACAGAAUGAACUUGGACAAACGCAAGGAUAAGAUUAUUAAAGAAAAUACUGUGGCGGAUAUAUCGGUUCAUGGAAUAAUUCAUGAGAACGAGCCUCAAGAAGAUGAUGCCAGCAUGUCAGAAGCCUUGCCUCUUAAUAAAUCUCUCACACAAACGAUUUCUAAAGAGAUGGAUGUUGAGCCACUUGUGGAAGGAGCUGCUUGUCAAGAAAUCAUGGAAGAAAUCAAAGAGAAAGAGAACAAGAAACAACCUGCUUCCAAGGUUAAAAAGACACAAUCAACCAUCGCGGGAAGUAAAACACUGGAAGGUAUUAACGAGAUACCCAGUCAGGAAAACAUCGCGAACAACAUUGAUAAAGAGAAUAAGCUCCAAAAACCAACCCCGCCCAAGGAACAACAAGAACUUACCAAGAAAACCGAAGAAAAACCUACAGCAAAGAAAAAGAUUGUCAAGAAGAAAGUUUUGACGGACAAAAACGAAAACGAGACCAAAGCAAAAGUAGAGGAAACUGAGAAAGAAACUACAAAACCUGAAAAGAAACAAGAGGAAGUUAAAGAAAACGGAACAGCCACGCCCAAAGAAGAAAAACCCGCUUUGAAGCAACAGAAGUCUGAGGAAAAGCCAGUGGAAAGGAGAAAAUCUAGAAUUUUUGAAGCUGCGGAGAAAUUCCAGAAUUUGAUCAGUCCAACAGAAAGCAAACCAGCACCAAUAGAAAAGCCAAAGAAAAUAUUAAUACCAGACAGCAUGGUUACACAACAAGGUGUUUCAGUGGACGGUUUCAAGAAGGAAUUCGAACGUAAAGCCAGUCUUACUUCGAUAGUUCCGCCAAAAGUUAAGACUUCUGCAGCUCCCAAGAAGACGCUGAUCGACAAACAGAAGUCCGAAGAAGAACAAACGGUAGAAAAAGAAGCCACUAAAGGGCAGGACGCAAAGAAAGCGGAAGUGAAGAGUAAAAUUGGUGGAAAACCUGAAAUACCAGAACCUACCAAGGCGGAGCCCGAAGCCAGCAGGCAAGACGCGAAGACUGAACACGACGACAGAAAAGAGAAGGUGAAAAAUGCAGUUAGUAUCAUAUCGAGCGCGUUAGAUAAGGAGGGUACUAGAAAGAGUAAAUCUAGACCGUGUAUGAUGCGGAAACCCCCAGUACCAUUUGGAGCCAGUGGUAGAUCGGCGUCUGGAAAUAUCGGAACUGUUGCUCCUCUAAGUCCACCCAUUCAAAACGUCAGUCCGAAGCCUUUUAUCAGACCGUGUUAUGAAAAUAAAUUAGUUACCACUGAAGCUAAACAGGUGAAAGAAGAACCUACUCCACCCAGUAUAGACGAGCCACAAGUCAGUAAUGCAGAGAUUACACUAAAAAGCGCUACCUUACCUAGAAGAAAAACAACAAAAGCUCAAAUUCAACUAAACUAUCCAUCUCCCAAACCCGCUCAAAUGGAAUUCCGUACUGAAUCUUCUCACAACGUCGAAGCUCCACCUCAAGUAAAAAGCGAGGUUGUCGUUCCUGUAGGAUCUCCCACACCUACUAUCGAUUUUAGAGCGAACGAAAAUCAAGAUACCAGAUCUUCCAAGGAACGAAUUAUACCAAUCGCGUUUGAGAAGAAGGAAGAAAAUAAGGAAUCGGUACAGUCUCCUCCUGCAAAACCUCCGAUAUCCAGACCUUUCCAGGCUCAAAGAUCAAAUAUUUCUCAAAGGUCAAAUAGUCUGUCAAGACAAUCCACUCAAGAAUCUGAUUCGGAAACGACGACCUCUACAGGCGAUCCCAUCAAGAAAUCUCCAAGGGAAUAUAUUAUACCCAUUGCAGUAGAAGGAGGAGGAGAACCAGCGAUAUCUGUUUUGACCUUUCCAAAGGAUGAAAACCUUAAAACCCAAUGGCUUCGGAAUAUUCCUAGGGAGGCAUGGUUACCCUCAAAAUAUUCUGUAGUUUGUGCUAAGCAUUUUGUAGAAAGUGACAUUAUUAGGCACGAGGAUUAUUGCUCGCCAGAUGGAUCAAUGCAAAAGUCCCUGUUGCCCGAAAAAUUCCUGCUGGAAGAACCAAAGAAAUGCAAGAUCGAAGUGAGCAAUUUAAGCAUUAUUUUUUAG